UCUCCGGCAAGAACUACAACUCCCAGCGGUCCCUUCGCGCUGAGUGCAGUUGUAGAAGCCCCGGGAACCCGCACGUUACUGUGAACGGAAGUUGAGGAGCUGACACAGGGUCAGGGGUGUACACGACUUGACAGGAAGGGAUGGUGGGGGCAGUAGGACAGGGUGUGCGGUAAAUAAUGACGAUACUAUAAGUAGCUGUGUGUGACCGGCCGCCUCUUCCACCCGUUUAAGAAAUGAUGGAAACCGGGAUGGACUUCCAGAAGCAGACGCCCUCGCCGCCCUCUUAUCUCUCGGGGAACCUGCUUGAGGCUCCUCACAUGGACUUGGAGACGCAGGAGCUACUGACUGGUACCAGCCAUGAAGAGUGCUGCGGUACCGCAAGCCCGGGCUCAGUAGACAUUGAUAGUAGAGCGCCCCCGCGUGUUGACAGUUGUCCAGACAUGGACACCAGACCGCCACUGGAGGUCACAGGCAUGGAGUCACAGCUGGACCCAGCAGGGCAGGGCAGUGCCUUCCACAUGCAGGAGCUUCUCAACGAGUUACCUACCAUGACCUGCCCCUCUAAUGGGGAUCACUAUGAAGGGGAGGCCCCCCAUAAAUGCCAGCCGUGCCUACUACAUAUUGCCAUGGGGAAAGGGUUUGCGCAACGUCUGCAGCGACUGUCGGAAUCCAGCACGGUACCAGAUGGCGGUAAUGGACUCUUUCUGACAGACAACGGCAAAGAUGGGAUGUUCACCCUCUUCCAGUGUGAAGAGGGCACAUUAUCACCUGGGGAUGCCAGGACGCCCCUGGCCAGACUGGAGGCUAUAUCUAGCAAUGAGCAGUACUCUGAGGCUGGGGGGCAGGAGGAAGAAGAGUCCUCAUCAUUGUCUUCUGGACUCAGCAGAGAAGACUCUUCAUGUAGCCUGGCAGAUCAAGAGCUUCAGCAGUCCCAGCGUAAUGUCCAGGAGGUGAGAGGAGGCGCUGUUAGUACUUACUGUCAAAGCGCUUGGAGAACAGCGCAGCUGGAUGGUGGGGUCCCACAGACAUUGCCGGGGUCUGAGGACUAUCCAGCACCUCCGAAAGUGCCCGGUCCUUGUGAAGCAGAGGAUUUACUGGAUGGGGUAGUUUUUGGUGCCAAAUAUCUGGGAUCUACACAGCUGCAGUGUGAGAGACACCAGACACCCAGCACACGUAUGCGGCAGGCACAAGAGGCAGUGGAUAGGGUGAAGGCACCAGAUGGGGAAUCUCAGCCUAUGACAGAGGUGGAUGUCAUGGUGUCUACACAGCGUGUCAAAGUCCUGACUGCAGACACUCAGGAGGCCCUUAUGGAUCACCACUUGCAGACGAUUUCCUAUACAGCUGACAUUGGUAAUAUAGUGGUAAUCAUGGCACGCAGGAAAUCGCCACGCAGUCAGGACCAACAGUCUUCACACAAGAGGCCACAUAAAAUGCUGUGCCACGUCUUCCAGUCUGUUGAUGCUCAACUCAUUGCCCAGGCUAUUGGUCAGGCUUUUGGGUUGGCAUACCAGAACUUCCUUCGCACUGAAAGUUUGGAACCUGACAGACACGAGACUACACGCGUGACAGAACAACUGUACAAUGCAGACCUUGCCCACUUCACCAAGGAGGAGAACAUCAGGGAGGUUUAUAUCCAGAAAGAGAGAGGAGAAAUGUUGGGUGUGGCUGUCGUGGAGUCAGGGUGGGGAUCCUUACUCCCCACUGUAGUAAUUGCCAAUUUAAUGCAUGCAGGACCAGCAGAACGUAGUGGAGAACUGAGCAUUGGGGAUCACGUGACCAGUGUCAAUGGCACAAGUUUAGUUGGGCUUCCUUUUUCUACCAGCCAGGGAUUAAUCCGGGACCUGAAAGGUCAAUCUGAGGUGGUCCUAAGCAUUGUUCGCUGCCCCCCAGUUGUUACAGCGAUUAUUCAGAGGCCCGACACCACUUACCAGCUAGGCUUCAGUGUAGAAGAUGGAGUGAUCUGUAGCCUUGUACGGGGAGGUAUUGCUGAACGAGGAGGCAUCAGAGUGGGGCAUCGAAUCAUUGAAAUAAAUGGACAAAGUGUGGUGGCCACAGCACAUGAGAAGAUUAUCCAGACGCUGUUGGAUGCUACAGGGGAGGUCCAUAUAAAAACCAUGCCAGCCUCCACCUACAGACUGCUCACCGGACAAGAGACCCCAGUAUACCUCUGAGGAACAGCUCCACUUUUAUAUGUACAGACUUUGCUUGUCCUACUGGAAAACCGUUGUCUUCAUAUGUCAAGGAUAUUCUUCUGUCCACAACCAUGUUGUGCCUUUUACAUUUUAAGGUGGAUGUCUACCAAGUAGAACUGAAAUCAAAUCUGUACCAGACAUGUUUUUAUUUAGAUAUUAAUAUUUAUACUCCUAUCUUUGCCUGGCUUUUCAGAUCUAUAAUGUGAGCAGAUACCAGUGAAAUAUGUGACUGCUUGCUGCAACUGAAGCCAUCUCCUGUGAACACUGCUAACGGCUUUAAAAUGGUAUUCCCUUCUCAUAAGUGAUGGCAUAUAGCAUCUUUGUAUGAUGAUUGAGGGGUGCUACUCUGGGACACCUGCCGAUCCUGAAAAUGAAGGGACCGAAGCACUGAUUCAGUGCUGCAAUUCCUUCAGUCUUUCCCUACAUAGCAGUGCUCCUGCCCACCCACUGUGCUGGGUAACUGCAGCAAAGCUUCAUUUAAGUGAAUGGGAGCAGUUGUAGUUCCAUAACUGGGCAGCCAGGGGCACCACAGUAUUCACUGGAUGAUUGGAGGUCAGACACCCACCAAUCAUAAAGUGGUGCCAUCACUUUAUGAAAUAGGAAUGCAUUUAUUAACACAAGCAGUGAUACUGUAGCUUACAUUUCAGCCUGUACAAGACCAAUAUGCUCAGUACUGAAGCAGCACCGGUCACAGUUGGAAAGUAGGCAUUCAAUGUUUGGUAGAGAUGUCAGUUGUCCUUAGUAUCAAAAAGAUCCAUAGAUGGAUGCAUACUAAGAAGCAAAAGUGUAACCAAUCUGAACAGAGAUGCCACAGCAAUGUGGGCGCUGAUGUUGGUUGUCAGUGUAAAGGAAUUGCGGGGACUUUCCACUGGUUUUUAGCUGCAGGAGUAAUGGGAAGCCUUAUUUAUGGGAAAAGUGCAAUAAGAAAACGGAAGCAUUUCUAGCUGUAACAUUCAGGGUAGGCCUUUCCUGCACUGUGUAUAUUGUCUGACUCAUGUUUGGUACAGGUUACUGGCUACAUACUGUUCUAUUUUUAAUAAAUAUAUUAUAAUUGCCUAUCCA